AUGUGCUGGUCUUGUUGGUGGAUCAGGUUUGUUGCUGGUUCCAAUUAUGGAGAUCAUUAUGCCAUUUUUGAACAAGGUACAAGAAAUAAAGGUGUAGGAAUUGCUGGAAAAAAUAUUGCAAAUCCAUCUGGAGUUCGUUUUGCUGCUGCAAAUAUGCUCAAAUAUUUAGGAUUGGAACAACAUUGUUCAACUAUAAAAAAAAGCUAUAUUGGUGGUGCAUCAACACCACCACAAUUUGUUGAAUGUGUUUUAAAUGAAAUAGUUAAAAUGACACCAACAAUUGGUUUCAGUUAUGAAAUGCAGAAACCUAAUCUUGACCUUAGAUAUAAAACUGUUGAUUAG